GGCUGUCUCUUUACCCAUCUCCUCUGCCCCUUUCUGUGCUCCCUCUCUUCAUCCAUCCGGCCAGUGCUUCAUCCCUGCCUGUCGCUCAGUGGGAGGCUGAUGGAAAGAGACAGAGGGGGAGGGCGAGGGGGAGGAGACAAAGGAGGGGAGAGACAGAUACCAGAGAGAAAGGGAGGGCGAGCUAAGGAUGAGACAGCUUGAGACAACCUGUCUGCCUUGCUUUUGUAUAGAGGCCUGAGGAACAGCCCGAGACUGAGUGCCGAGCAAUGAGAGUCUGGUGAGGGCAGAGAAGGGCAAAGGGGAGAGACUGUCACUGAGAGACUGACGAGCUGAGCUGUUUCACCUGCCAUGAGAGAGAUCGGCUAGGGAUUCAGCUAAAGAGACCGCGAAGGCAAGAGAAAGACACCGAGGGAUGCAGCGAGCCACUGACAUCCUUAAGCGAACGUGAGAGCGUAACUUUAAAAGGCCAUAGUGUUCGUGAGAGAGCGUCCUCCAUCCCCACCCAGACGUGCGAGAGAGCCAGCAGAUAAUGUGACCUCCCUUCAUCCAUAGUUCAUUUGGAUACAGGACAUCAUGGGACAUAAAGCACUGUAAGAAGUGAACAGGAUUUGAAGCGUGGAAAAAGCAAGGCAAAAAGUGAAAAAUGUGCCGCAGUAUCACUCUUCUCUUUGCUUUAUGGCUUACUCCAGUGUUUGGAUCUGGUCAAAGUAACACAACAGGCUGCCGUAUCAUUCAUCCACCACGUGAUGGAGGGAUACGUUAUCGAGGUCUGACUCUCACUCAGGUUAAAGCAGUUGAGGUGCUUCCUGUUGAUUAUGAAAUUGAAUUUGUUUGCCGUGGGGAACGUGAGAUUUCUGGUCCCAAAGUAAGGAAAUGUCAGCGGAACGGAACAUGGACAGAUAUGGACAAGCCUAGUCGGUGUUUACAUACUUGUUCUCGUAUGCACUUGAAGUUGGAGAAUGGGCGAGCCGAUGUGAGAGGGAUGGGCCGUGUACCAAUGGAGGGAACAAGUGUUCAAUUUGCAUGUGAUCCAGGCUUCCUACUUGUGGGUUCUAGUCACAGUCUGUGCACUAAGUCUGGAAAAUGGGAUCAUCCAAAACCAAUAUGCCAAGUCAGGCGCCCAGAUACUUCAAUCAGGCACCCGGAAUCUUCACGUAAGAGAGCACUGCACGUGGGUGCCCUUUUCCCAAUGAGUGGGGGAUGGCCCGGUGGACAGGCCUGCCAGCCUGCUGCACAGAUGGCCCUGGAGGAUGUCAAUAAUAGACGGGACAUCUUGCCGGAAUAUGAACUGAGGCUUAUUCACCAUGACAGCCAGUGUGAUCCUGGCCAAGCAACACGAUACCUGUAUGAGUUACUGUAUAAUGAUCCCAUAAAGAUCAUGCUAAUGCCAGGAUGCAGCAGUGUCUCUACCCUAGUGGCAGAAGCAGCACGAAUGUGGCAUCUUAUUGUGCUCUCUUAUGGGUCCAGCUCUCCAGCACUCUCAAACCGACAAAGAUUCCCCACUUUCUUCCGCACUCAUCCAUCAGCCACCUUACACAAUCCUACCAGAGUACAGCUCUUCAAAAAGUGGGGAUGGACUAAAAUUGCUACCAUUCAGCAGACCACUGAGGUCUUCACUUCUACCCUGGAUGAUUUGGAAGAGCGAGUGAAGGAAGCUGGCAUUGAGAUUACUUUUCGACAGAGCUUUUUUUCUGACCCAGCUAUUCCAGUGAAAAAUCUAAAGAGGCAAGAUGCAAGAGUAAUAGUUGGAUUAUUUUAUGAAACUGAAGCAAGAAAAGUCUUCUGUGAGGUUUAUAAAGAACGUUUAUUUGGCAAGAAAUAUGUGUGGUUUUUGAUUGGCUGGUAUGCAGACAACUGGUUUAAGAUCCCCGAUCCUGCCAUUAACUGCACCGUGGAGGAAAUGACACAGGCAGUGGAGGGUCAUGUGACCACAGAAAUUGUUAUGCUUAACCCUGAAAACACACGAGGAAUCUCAAACAUGACAUCUCAGGAGUUCAUGGAAAAGCUGAAAAAACGUCUUGGAGAAAACCCAGAAAUGACAGGGGGCUUACAAGAAGCUCCCCUCGCAUAUGAUGCUAUUUGGGCCCUUGCACUUGCACUUAAUAAAACUGCCUAUGAACUAUCAAAGAAGGGUAGACGAUUGGAAGAUUUCAAUUAUAACAAUAAAAUGAUUAGUGAAGAAAUCUACAGGGCAAUGAACUCCUCUUCAUUUGAUGGUGUUUCAGGUCAUGUGGUCUUUGAUGCCAGUGGUUCCCGAAUGGCCUGGACUCUCAUUGAACAGCUACAAGGUGGUGUUUACAAGAAAAUUGGAUAUUAUGACAGCACCAAGGACAACCUCUCGUGGUACAACAACGACAAGUGGAUUGGAGGAUCCCCUCCAGCUGACCACACCAAAGUGAUCAUUACUUUCCGCUAUGUCUCUCAGAAGCUUUUCAUCUCUGUCUCAGUGCUUGCUGGUCUUGGAAUACUCCUGGGAUUUGUGUGUCUGUCAUUUAACAUCUACAACAGUCAUGUGAGGUAUAUCCAAAACUCUCAGCCCCAUCUGAAUGAUGUAACUGCAGCAGGAUGUAUUCUGUCUCUUGCCGCUGUGUUUCCACUUGGUCUUGAUGGACGCCACAUUGAGACCUGGCACUUUCCACUUGUGUGUCAGGCACGUCUUUGGCUUCUAGGUCUGGGAUUCAGUCUGGCAUAUGGCAGCAUGUUUACCAAAAUAUGGUGGAUACAUACAGCAUUUACCAAGAAAGAUGACAAGAAGGAACGCAGAAAGCAGUCACAAACUCUGGAACCCUGGAAGCUCUACACUACAGUCUCACUUCUGCUGGGUCUGGAUGUUAUUACAUUGGGAAUUUGGCAGAUAGUGGACCCAUUACAGCGUUCGAUUGAGGAAUUCACCAAAGAAGAACCUCGUGGUGACCUAGAUGUUCUCAUACUCCCGCAGCUGGAACACUGCAGUUCUCUCAAGAUGAACACAUGGCUUGGUAUAGUUUAUGGCUCUAAGGGUCUACUCCUUUUGCUUGGCAUAUUCUUGGCCUAUGAGACCAAGAGUGUUUCAACUGAGAAGAUCAAUGACCACCGUGCUGUGGGGAUGGCUAUAUACAAUGUGGCUGUCCUUUGUCUCAUCACUGCUCCAGUCACAAUGAUCCUCAGUAGCCAGCAGGACGCCUCCUUUGCUUUCUCCUCUCUUGCCAUUGUAUUCUCAGCCUACAUUACUCUUGUUGUACUCUUUGUGCCCAAGAUGAGACGUCUUAUUACAAGAGGAGAGUGGCAGUCUGAACAACAAGACACCCUCAAGACAGGAUCAUCAACAAAUAACAAUGAGGAGGAGAAGUCUCGUCUGUUGGAGAGAGAGAAUCAGGAAUUGGGAAGGAUCAUUGCUGAGAAAGAAGAGAGAGUCAUGGAGCUUCGCCAGCAGUUACGCUCCCGUAGGAGACCGUCUGUGCCGGCCCGAGACAACUGUUCUGACAAUCACUUCCCUAACUCUUCAGGGGCAGUUUCUUCUCUCUACCAGCCUGGUCUACCUCUUGCCAGGUGCCUUGUAGCAGAAGGAGGAGACAAACUGGGCAGGAAUAGUUGUGAUGGGAGUAGAGUGCACCUUUUGUACAAGUAGAGGAUGGACCCUGAGAGGAGUAAGGCAUUAUAGUAGUGUACAUAGCUGUAAAUAUACUGAGUCUGCCCUCUGUGUCUCUCUGCUGGCCAGUCUUUCUUUCCUCAUCUGGCUUUUUCACUGCUGACCUUUACGGGUAUAAUUAUUUUUCUUCCAUUUAGCUUUAGUUUAUGUCCAUUGAUAGAUGCCUUAUUACUACUUCCUCUCAAUUCACUACCUUCUGUCUCUGCCUUUCUGUUAUAGUUCUCUUUAUGUACAUCCAACUUUCCUGGCUGCUUGUUUGCCAAUCUUGAAUAUCUCUUUAACAGUAAGGCACCUUAUAUUUCAUUCCAGCCAAUUACUAAAGGACUCACAUAAUAUAAUGACUCCCCACACACAUUCACACAAUGCACUAUAAAUACCCCCUCCCAGUGGAUCAACUCACUUCACCUCAUCAUUGAUAUCCCCUUUUUUAAUGAAAGCAAAACCUCAUUUUCUUGGUAAAAAGACAGAACACUAUAUUUGCUCUUGUCACCCUCACAAUGUUUUCUAAACUGUGAUUGGCUGUUGCAAUAAAUAAAUUUAAAAACUUA